AUGAAACUAUUCCCGAAUACAACCAAUUAUCAAAUUUAUUUUGGAAAAAUGCUAACACAAACUGCAAAGCCAACAUUCUAUAUAAUUAAACCGUUCAACAGUUCUGAGGUCGCGGAAACGCUCUGGAAAUACAUGAGAAACCUCACUUCUUACCAACACGGUAUCAUCGAUAUACUUAAGGAGCGUCGACUCAAUCAACGGGAAAAAAUCAUUGAGGCUUACCAGAUAAAGUACAACCAGGACCUUGUGAGCGACUUGAAGAGCUCUCUCCCCGUUAAGUUCGAGGACGAUAUUGUGACACUUACGACUUUGCCUCGAUCGCUCGAUGACUAUGCAAAAGAGUUGCACCUUGCUAUUUUUAGCUCUCAAUCUAACGAAAAAGUCAUUAAUGCCAGUAUUAGUAUAUUAAUGAAGCACAGUGCUGACCAGCGGAUCAAUAUCGCCGAGGCUUACAAGACUCUCUAUAAACAGGACCUUUUGAGCGAUCUAAAGAUAAAAUCCACCGGAAAGCAAGAAGACAUCAUUGUAGCACUUAUGACUCCAUUACCUGAUUUCUACGCUAAAGAGCUGCACGAUUCUAUGCUCGGCCUGGGCACCGAUGAAGAUACGAUUAUUGAAAUCCUCUUCACUUUGAGCAAUGAAGUAAUCAUGUCGACAGAUGUUUCUUAUGAGAAACUUUAUGGCAGGACUCUUCAGAAUGAUUUGAUAGAUGAUACAUCCGGUUAUUUCAAGCAAUUGCUUGUUUUCAUUGCUAAUGGUCGCAGGGAAAUGAACCAGGGUAUCGAUUAUAACCAAGCUAAAGUUGAUGCUGAGGCUCUUUUCACCGUUGACGAGAGAAAAUGGGUAUCAGACCAGAGUAAAUUUAAAGGUAUCCUCGGCACUCGCAGUUAUCAGCAUCUCAGACAAACCUUCAUCGAGUAUAAAAAUAUUUCCGGUCACGAAAUCGAGGAGGCCAUAAAUGGUAAAAGCUUUUCUACAGAUUUCAAGAAAGGUCUUCUUGAAAUUGUUAAAUAUGCUAAAUCAAAAAUUGACUUCUUCGCUGAGCGUCUUCACGACAGCAUUGGCAUCAAUGACCGAGCUCUGAUUCGUAUCAUUGUUACACGUAGAGAAAUAGAUCUUAAAGAUAUUAAAGAAGCCUAUCAGGAGCGUUAUAAAACAUCGCUUGAAAGUCGAAUUAAUAAAAAGAUAUUUGGCGCUCAUAAGGAUUUGCUUCUUUUACUUGUGUCAAAAUAA